CCUUCCAUCCGGCCAGGCACCGGACAGAGAAGUAACCACUUCUAUCAUCACCAGUCCUUUUAUCCCCAGCCCGCAAGCUGAAACGAUCAAUCGAUCCAAAACCAAAACCUACCUAGGAACUCCAUGGCCGCCGUAGACACAAUGCUUCAUCAAGCGUCAUCCUCUUCCCCCCCACGUUCCGCCUCAUCUUCGGUGUCGGCAAACCAGAACAAGCGUCGCCAUGUCGGCAUUGGCGAUGUCCCAGGCAACUCCAGCAAGAAGCAGCGCACCACAGCAAACUCCAACAUCCAGCAGACAGCAUCACUGCAAAGUAACCACCCGCACCAGAGCAACACCACCGCCGGCGCUGUAACCCCUGCAUUUCAACCAUACGAGUCCCUCCUCGCCAAGCUCCGGCCCAGAUAUGAAGUCAAAACCAUGAGCGUCAUGCCCUCGACUAGCAUCGCCAAGCACGUGGACAAAGCGCUGCAACACCUCGAUCGCUUCAGCCUGUGGGACCAAUCCGUGCUGCCGGGCGUGGUGCUCCUUUCCGCUAAGCCGGUGGCUUCGAGCAAGCUUGUCACUAUUGCCGAGCUGGUACGACGAAGGAUCGGCGAGGGGGAGCAUAAGUGGUUUCAGUAUAAUGUACUGACGGAGACGGAAGAGGAAGAUGCUGGUGGGACGGAGGUGGUGGAGGAUACGGUUAUGGACUUGACCAAGGAUGGCGAUCACGACGAAGAGGAAGAGGCAUUUGAGAUGAUGGGCCGGGCCUCGCACGACCAACAACCGACGGUUUUUGAAAGAGCUAUUGAGCCACCCAAUACUCGACACAAUAAGUACGUGAGCGUGUUUUUGUCGAGAAUCCCGAUCGAGGAAUUGAGGACGAUGCGGAAUGUUGCUGUGCAGAGCAACGAGCAUCACAUUGAGCAUCUGAAAAAGAAGAGGGUAGGCUUGGUGGCUUGAGACCUGCUGACCAACUGCCCAUUUGAAGGAUGGGGCUCGUGGG